AUGGAGUCCGAAAAGAGGCCUCAUGACAGUGUGGAAGGUGAUGAAUCAAAAGGCCAAAUGAACCCCACCAAAAAGACAAAGCAACACUCAUCAACUAAGACUUUUUGGAGUGAGGAUGAAGAGAUUUCAAUCCUAAACACUGCAAUCCAAUUUUCAAAUCUAAAAGGACUCGACCCAACUGCCCAUGGCAACAGGACUCAAUUUUAUACAUUCAUCAAACAAUCAUUUUCCUAUCAUGAUUUUUCCAAACGCCAAGUUCGCAAAAAAUUGAAAAGCCUGAAGAAAAAUUUCGAAAGAAAUGUUGUCGAAUCAAAGGCCUUUUUAGAUCCACAUCAAAACAAAGUGUUUGAGCUUUCUCUCAACUUAUGGGGAAGCAAAAGCAUAAGCAAAGAUACUCCUGCUACUGCCAAUGAAGAGGUCCAAGACGCAACUCAAAUUGGUAGUGAAGUUGAAGAAGAGGGAAAAGAUAUUUCUCGCAAAAGAAAACGUGUUGAAGGUGAGCUGCAAAUCCCCGAUGAGUCCAGAUACUUCUGGGCAAAUGUGAUAGGUCGUGCACAAUGCAUUGCAUUAUCUAGGAUUACUUCUACAUUGACCCUGGAUCAGCUAUGA